AUGUCCACCUACAACCGCCCCUCCACAACCAACGCCCACAACCGCACCCACAGCCAAUCCCAGCCCUACAACAACAACGCGACCACCAGCGCCGCGGGGCCCGAGAAAUCCUUCUUCGAAUCCCAGCGCGAAUUGCUCGUGCAGGAAAUCGCACAGUCCCUCGAGCACGUCCUGCAAAACAUCAACAAACUCAACCGCUCGCUGGAAGAAGUCAUCGCGGUGGGCAACGAAUUUGCACCUGUGGAGGCGCUGUGGAGCCAGUUCGAGAACGUCAUGGGGAGGGAUCCGGGUGCGGCGGAGCAGGAGGGUGGGGAGACUGGGGAGGGGGCGCAGGAAGGGGAUGGGGAGGGGGAGGGGGAGACUACGCAGAUCGAGAGGGAGGGGGAGAGGGAGAGGGCGAAGUGA